CCAAUACAUCAGAAGUAACAAAAACUUUUUUUAGUAUUUGUGUUUCAAAGUAAUAAGUUUCGAAUAAGUUCGUACGCCGUAGAGAGAAAAUGAAUCUGAUGUUUCAAUGAUAGACUCUUUGUCCAAAAACAAAUUUGCCUUCAGACGAAAAGUUCCUUGAAACUGCAGGUCUCUCUAAAACAUAGGAACUUAUUAAAACAAAUCAGCCUCGCAGUAUAUUUUUGCCAACAGAGACAACCUGCCAGUUUCCUCGAACACUGAUAAUUUGUAUUUCUUUCAUAUCCAAUGACAAGCAUGAAGAGUUCUGAAUCCAAUUGAUUACACAAUUGUAUACUAAGGUAUAAAGCAGAAAUUAUAAUUUUCCUAUUUCGAUUGAAGUAUUUGGCCUGUGCCUCAUUUCUGAGAGAGAAGGCAUAAACAAUUGGAUGGGAAAAGAAAGGCUCAAAAAGACAUCAGGAGAGAGUGUGCAUGUUUGCUUCAUUUGGCGCAUGCAACUUUACCAAUCGCAAUUUGCCACCACUUCUCGAUGUUGUCGAGUGAGCACUGGAAUUUAUUUCCACGGGGAACAGACAUACUACGUACCGUUUGUGUAUCCGGAAUUAACAACUUUUUGUGAACAUCAUUUGUCAAAUGAAUGUGUAUGCUAACAUUUUUUCCUCUGAAUCAAUGUCAAAUUCUGAAUAUGUUAUGGUCUUGCUUACCUUUUGGAAUAAAUUUCAUUCAAACUUGAGGGAGAAACAGUCCAAAUGUUUAAAUAAGAUAAAAUGGGGUGAACCCGUCUUAACUGGAAAGCAUGGUCUUUCUACUCUUGAUCGUAAACAGCGUAUUGGGAAGAAUAUUUUAGAUUCUGAGGAAAAUACUCUAUCUGGAGAUGAAGAAAUUAAGUCUGAAGAACAAGUACCAUCGAAAAAAGAUGAUGUUUCUGUUGCAGCCAAUCCAAUAAAUAUAAAUAUUUCAGAGGAACAUAGUAGAUGUUCAAGUCCUGAUUUAAAUAAAUCUGUAUUAAGACUUCCCAAAUUGAAAAUAAAGUUAUCAGAAACACAUAAUAAGGAGCUGCAUAAGAAUAUCGCUGAUGACAAAUCAGAAUCUAUUGAAAUUAAAAGAAGUACGAGGCUGUCCGUGAAAAGAUUGUGUAAUAAGAAACAGGUUAACAAAGAGAAUGUCAACAGUGGUGUACGUCCUAAUUUACUACAGCGCAGGAAAUUAUUUAAAAACAAUGAGGGUGUAUCUGAAGCGUCACCAACUUGUUGGACUGGUGUUAAAUGUCCCUUAUUAAAAGAUACACCGAAAACUGAACCCAUGCAUUCAAAGUUAGGUCAAGAGACGUUGCCCCAUUUUUCUGAAAAUAUUAGUGAUAUUAAUCCUUCAAUGGAGAAGAUGGAGUUUAAGACAUCACUUCCUAUUCCUGGAAUACAGAAGUCACCAGUUAAGAAAAGUUCUGCUGAUGAGCCAUCAACAUUAUCACCUGUGGAAUUAGUAGAAUCUUCUAAGCAUGAAUUGCAAGAAAGUCAGAAAUUAAGCAAACCUGUAGAAAAGGAUGUUUCAGAUGACGUAAUUCCUUCAGCCUCGCCAACAUUUCCAUCAAAAACUCUUCCUAGUUACAAAGAUAAUUCAAGCAUGGCUCAAACUGCUAAAGAACAAACCAGUGAUAUAGAUUUGGGUUCUAAGAAAACGAGGAAAAGGUCAAAGACAGAAUUUAAAAAUUCUUCUGAGGAACCUGAAAUAACAGAUAAAUGUGAUACAAAAAACAAUAAUGAAGUUCUCCCUCAUGUGACUGAUGAAAACAACAAAGAUAACGAAGUUUUAACGAACCUUCAAAAGAGAAAACGAAAUAUGCAAGAUAGAAGCUUAAAAAUCAACAAAAAGCUGAAACUUCCCCAAAAGAAACCUACCGUCCAGUGUCCUCUGUGUUGUGAUUGGUUCAGACCAAAAGUGAUUGAGAAUCAUGCUGCAAAUUGUGGAAUGUUUACAAGGCGAGAACUUCGUACAACUUCAGUUCCUCAACUUCUCUCAGAAAACAAACCAAGUACUGACAUGUUAGGCUGUGAUGCAAAUAGCAAAUUAUUUGAAAUUAAUGAAAAUUCUGCUGCUAUCAUAUCAAAUCAUGCCACAAAUUAUGAAAGGGUUGUAGAUAAUUUAACUUCAAAUACAUUAGUCUCGGAUAUUAAGCAAUCAGAAAAUCUGCCAUUUGCUAGCAAAAUAUUGAAUGAAAGUAGAAGUGAAAUAAAUACAUUUCCAGUGUCAGCUUUAGAUAGAGAUCAACUAAGUCAGGGAAAUGGUAAUAGCUUGAAGAUAGUCCAACCUGUUUUGGAUCUUCCUUUCAAUUCUGAAAACACUCACAAAACUAAUCAGCCUGAUACACCUGACAGUGUUACUCCUGAAUUACUGGCAGAGGAUUUUACUGAAAUAUCUCCAAAUAACCCUUACAGUACAAAAGUUUCUGUUGAACAUUGGAAAACUAACUCGGAACUGAUAGACACAAACCUCACCAUGAAACAGAAACGCUGUUACAUUUGUGAUGCUACCUAUGGCGAUGAUAGUCUUUUUACAAUGCACCUGAAGAGUUGUCAGGAAAAAUACAGAAAACUAAAACAAAAGUUUGAACAUAAAUACAAAAAUAAAGAAACUCAUCGAAUAACUCGUAGACAAUCAAAAACCAGAUGCCCAGUUCCUGGUUCUGAUGCUGAGGUUAAAUGAAAAGUAUGAAGACGACAAAUGAUCAAGAAAGGAAAGAUGUGAAAAGUUUUGUAAGAAAAUGAAAGUGCCUUCAUUUGAUAACAGAUUGUUGAAAAGACUUAUUUGUUAAAUUUCAUGUUUGUGAUUUAGUUAGCAUAAAAGUGAGUAAUACUGGCUAACAUCUAGUGGAGAAAUUUGAAAUUUUUCUUAGUUUUGGAGAGUGAAGGCAUGAGAUCUUGCCAUAAAAAUUCUGUGAUUAUCCAUUGUUUAGUUUCACCAAAAGGGACCACUUGUUAUUGAUUUUAAUUACUUCCAUUAUUUUAUAUUUUGUGCUGAUUAAAAUAUUUUUUCUGCUUUCUGUA